UUAAAAUCUGAGCAGAAAAUGAUUGUGUAAAAAGUAGGUGAUAUUCAUGAGAAUGAAACUGUAUAUCGGUUUUUUCAUUUUCGUCGUUCAUUUUAUUGACAACUGUCAAAAUGCUAUUGUUCCUCACCUAGAUGGAAGAAUUGUUGGAGGAAAAGAUGCUAAUAUCACCGCAUUUCCUUAUCAAGUAUCUCUAAGGAGGUCAUCGCAGCAUGCUUGUGGGGGCUCCAUAUUCCAUCCCUUUUAUAUCUUAACUGCUGCACAUUGUGUGUCAAAUACUGCAAGAACUUACACGAUUAGAGCAGGAAGUAAUUAUAUUAACCAGGAAGGAACGGUAAUGAAAGUUUGCUCUGUUUAUGUACACCAAAACUAUAGUGCCGAUACUAUGAUUAAUGAUAUUGCAAUUUUAAAACUUUGCAGUCCAUUAACUUUUAGUGAGUCUAUAUUACCUGUAGCAUUGCCCAGAAGUACUGACAAAGUUCCUGUUCAAAAAAUGGGCAUAGUAAGUGGAUGGGGCUUCCAAGCUGAAGAAGGUGAAGUAUCAUCUGUGCUUCAAAUGGUAGAAGUUCCUAUUAUAACAAACAGCAAAUGUCAAUCUCUGUAUAUGGAAGAAAUAGUAACCAAUGGUAUGUUAUGUGCGGGAUAUCUAGGAGCUGGAGGAAAAGAUGCAUGUCAGGGAGAUUCUGGUGGACCCUUUAGAGUAAACGGAAAAUUGUUCGGAAUAGUCUCCUGGGGAUAUGGAUGUGCCCAGCCUUUUUACCCAGGAGUGUAUACCAACGUUGCCGUCUAUAGAAACUGGAUAAAAUCCAUUACAAAGUACUGAAUGACUUUUUAGUAAACCUGUUUUGACAAACGAUCAUAAUGAAUAUGUACAAUUUUUGAUAUUGAUAUUAAACUAAUAAAAUGAUUGUGUUAUGAUUUAAAAUAGAUU